AUGAAAUUUUUUAAAGGUCAUGGAUUCAAGGCCAUUCCUUUAACACGAUUGCAAUCAUGUAAAUCUCCUAAAACAGCAACAGAAGUUUUAGGCGCGGGAGAUUUGGAAGUCCAAGCUCCCCAAUUAUGA